GCGAUGGAUGCGGACGCCCAAGCCCGUGUAUCAGGCCGUUUGGCGGGACAACGAAGACUUCGACGAGGUGCUCAUUUCGCCGUGCAUGAUCCAGGACCACAUGCCUGACCAGGUCCUCAAGGCGCUCGAAAAGGUGCUGGAGAAUCCGGGCCCGACGAAGCCCCAGCGGAUGUCGGACAGCCCAGCUCGCCGAAGGAGUGAUGGCCUCAUUCCUGAGGGCGGAGAAACACGUAGGCUUCUUUCCUCGCGCCCGCACACGCCCACCAGUCUUUUGCCUCAUCCGAUGACUCCUGCAGAGGAGACUAGGAGGCUGACCCCGCAAAAUAACGUUCCCCUUUCGUCAAAUCCCACUGCGUCAAAUAGUGGGAAUCGCUUGGCGACUCCGCCACAUAAGCUCCUCCUCGAAACUUCCUUUACCUGCUCGCCUGUCACUUCGCCGGAGCCCGCUCUGGACCUGCGCAAGACAGCUCACGUCCACUCACCAGCUAUCACAUGGGAGCUGUUAUCGGCUCUUGAGGAGCAGCUGCUCCUCGGGGUCAGGGAAUCGACGCGAGGAUCGCUAGAGCGCGGAGAGGACUGGCUGGCCGGGGUGGCGCCGCUAGCCUCGCCUGAAACGUUGAGUGAAGCCUCGAGUGUGGUGUCACGAGCAUCUCUCUUGCUCAGGGAGGGUAGGAGAGCUUCGUCAGCCCUGCAGCCCUUGCAUCAGUCCCCGGUUCUAAACCAUCGUCAGCCCCUUACUCGUCUUGGUACUGGGUACUGCUUUUACGUGGAGACUCCACCUUUGGAUUCCAGGCGGCAGGUAUUGCCAGCAGCAGAGCAACUCCCCGAGUCUUCUGACGACGAGGAGAUCAGUCCGCACUCCAUUACCCCAACUACCUUCAUCACAAUUGACCCUAUCAUGCCCACGCCCCCCACGCCACGAAAAGGGGACAGGAACGACUCGGAUAGUUCCCUCCAUCUGGAUACCACGCCCGUUAUACUGGGUGAGGACCCCGAGGCUGACUCCGUGCAGGGAGUCUCCGCUCUGAUGUCAGAAACCGUCCAUGACAAUUCAGAAUUAGUGUGCAUAUGGAAAGAGAAGGAAGUGCAGGAAGCAGAGAAAGUUCCCGACUGCAGGAGUACAGAAGAUACACCUGACUCUCCAGAGAGUGGUCCUAGCCGAGCCUCGUCCUCGGGAUCAUCUCGAAGUUCGCAUAGGGUUAAGUUUGACUUGACAACUUCACAAAUGUCGCGGGACUCAGGUUAUGGCGAGAAACUCAAUGGGUACGAGACUCUCUGCGCCAACAGCGGCGACUGGGGUGUACAGACCUCGCCCUGGGGAGGCCAACAGCAGGAAUAUGGGCGCGGACAACCGUCACUCGUGCACCAUUAUGUGUACUCAGGGGUGUCGCCUCAGCUGUCCCCUUCCUCGCCAGCUAACACUGACUCCUUCACCUCGCCACUCACUUCAGACCCGCCGUUGUCUCGCCAGCCAUCCCUCUUGCCAACACCUGUUGAUAUACCACAAAUUUCUACAGCCAUGUCAAGCCAUUCGACUCUCUUCGCAACCCAGCCACUCCACCCUUUGUAUAAGGCUACCCCUCUCUUGCACGACAUUUCUCGAAGUCCCAAAUCUAUGACUGUUACAGACCGACCGACACACAGAGCAGAGAGCAGUGUAUAGUGCUACUGUAGAUGAAGAACUAGUUGUAAGUUGUUGAUGAAUCUAGUUAGAAAUCAUAAUGUCAAUGCAUAUAUAUUCUAGUCAUUUUGUGACAAAUAGUUCUGAAUUGUUAAGUUAUGUUUUCUUUGUGAUGUGGUGCAACUGUUCAAUAAUUGUAUGAAUAUCGAAAGAGCUAAUAUCAAUAUGAUCAUUUUCAAGAAAUAUAUGUAUAUAGUAUUAUUAUUAUUAUCG